AUGGCGGCGGUCUCCGUGUUGCAGGCGCCGAGCGGCGGCUUCAGUUUCGACAACUGUGCUCGGAACUCCCUCCUGGAGGCCGAGCUCGUCCAGAAGGGACAGCGGCUGCCCGCCGCCCGUAAGACGGGCACCACCAUCGCCGGCGUCGUCUUCAAGGAUGGCAUAGUCCUCGGAGCAGAUACAAGAGCAACUGAAGGAAUGGUUGUUGCUGACAAAAACUGUUCAAAAAUACAUUUCAUUUCCCCUAAUAUCUAUUGUUGUGGUGCGGGAACAGCUGCAGAUACUGAUAUGACAACUCAGCUGAUUUCUUCCAAUCUGGAGCUCCAUUCGCUAUCUACCGGACGACUUCCAAGAGUUGUCACGGCUAAUCGAAUGCUAAAACAAAUGCUUUUCAGGUAUCAAGGCUACAUUGGUGCUGCCCUAGUCUUAGGGGGAGUAGAUGUCACGGGACCUCACCUUUACAGCAUAUAUCCCCAUGGAUCAACUGACAAAUUGCCUUACGUUACCAUGGGUUCUGGAUCGUUAGCAGCUAUGGCAGUAUUCGAAGAUAAAUACAAACCGGACAUGGAGGAAGAGGAAGCCAAACAGCUUGUGAGAGAUGCUAUUGCAGCUGGCAUAUACAAUGAUCUGGGCUCCGGCAGUAACAUAGAUAUCUGUGUUAUAAGCAAGAACAAGUUGGAUUUUCUCCGUCCAUAUGAUGUGGCCAACAGAAAGGGGGACAGGUAUGGUAGAUACAAGUGUGAAAAAGGAACUACUGCUGUUCUCACAGAAAAUGUAGCACUCCUGGAAAUUGAGGUGGUGGAUGAAACCAUACAAACCAUGGACACGUCCUGAACCAUCACGCGCAGCCCUUCUCUCUCACUGGAGACCAGCACGAGUUAUGUUUAGAAGCCUUCCAGCUGAUACAGAAUAAAGAGGGUUCUGACCCUUCUCCUACCUA